CUUUCUCUUUCUCUUUCGCAAACAACUCUUUAUAAAAACCGUUUGCUGACUACCGCCAAGCGAUUCCUCUCUUCUCUCUCUAAAAAAAAAUCCAAUUUCUCUCUCUAAAACUACAGACAUACACUUAUGUACAUAUAUUCCUUGAAAUUGGUCUUCCUACUAUUCGUGAAGUUUCUUCAAAUUCACCACCAGCUCAAUGCAGCAAGUGAUCAUCCUCUCUUCCAUACAAGUAGUGGGUAACUCUGCCACCUAUGGCGGAACCAUAGUCAAGGAAGGAGGUUCGAUUGAAUCCCAAAAUAGUACUGCACAAAUAGAGUAUAAGAUUACUGCAACGAAUUUCUGAGACAGGUAUCUUUACAUGGCAGUUAGUUCUUGUGCUGGUAUAAGGAGUUUUCGUUGAGGCCUAUGCUUUCUUUGAACGUUGCUGUUAAACUGUUGAUAUGGCUUCUCAGAUAUCAAUAGGAGACGAUGUCUGCGAGUUUGGGCAGAUUUCAUCUGCCAUGAAUCCCAAUUGCACAACCGGAAACUUAUCUGUCUCUUUGCAAUCACCUCAACCCUUUGAGAUAAAAGAUGAUGAUGUGCCUCAGAGAAUGGUUGCACUUGAUGUUUCAGAAACUGAUGUUCUUGUGAAUGCUUUUGACUCAAUUAGCAUAACUGAGGCGUUGUCCUGUAAGAUGGAUGAUAAAAGCAAAGACACUGUAAAAACUGAUAAUGCCUCUGAAAGUGAAUGCCCUGUCAAUGUAUGUAUUGCCCCUCGGAGAAGAAGUGGGCGCAACAUCAAGUUAAGCCAGAAUCUGGCUACAGUACCAGCAACAAGUGGCAGGAGAAUAGCCACUAAAAAGGCAUCCAUAGAUCUUAGUUCCUUGCAGAUUACAAGAAAGAGAAGAAGCUAUUUCAGUAAACAAGCUCGAUCUUCAGUUUGGGGUUUGCUAGAAAAUAUGGUGCAAUCUUUUGAACAUAAUAUCAGGCUUGAGAUAACAUCGGGGGAGCAGAAAAAUAUAAGAACAGCAACUAAGGGUAGUAGGCAAAAUGAGAAGCAUGGUGAGAAUCAGACUGAUCGAAAGUCACGGAAAUCGAAGGGUAAACGCUUCAUACCAACUGGACCUAUCUCCUUGAAGGUUAAAUUUGGUCACCGUUGCCUGAAGGAUGUUAUUCCUCUUAUUGAUAAUGAUACUAACAAAAAUUGUACUACUGGAGAAGAACUGAAAAAACUGCCUAAAAUUGCCAGCAAAGUUGAUGAUAGGUUGGGGGAGGAGUUGCUAGAUAUGCAGCUCCAUGGUUGCAAUGGAAAUUUGGAUAAUGACUAUUUUUCUUUAUCAGAUAGAUGCCAACCUGGAAAGAGCGCAGUUCAAGAUACAGGUGCUAUGACUUUAGUUUGCCAUGAUGAGUCACUUUCCCAGGAGGGAGGAUCAAUCGGUAACAGGUUUUCAGAUCCUGGAACUUCACCUGAUUCAGAAGUCAUCAACCUGAUUCCUGAUACUCCAGUCAAUGUUCCAGACAACUUGCAUGAUUUGACAUUGUCUAAGCCAUGUGCUGCUCCUGGGGAUGCUCCAAUUUUGAUGCAUGAGAAGAUCAGUAAAAGAUCAGAAAGUAUGAGCAAUGCACAAGUAUUCUGGAAUCUCAUGCAGGGAGAAAAACAAAGGGAUGGUUCUUGUUGUUGUGAUACUUCUGUUUUAACUACAGCUGGAAAUGGAACGGGUAACAUGUUCAGCAAUGAGAUAUUUUCAGGAGAACUGUUACAUUGUUCAGGAGUGUCAGGCUUGGGAAUCUCCUGUGUUUCCUCAAAGCUGGAAAGUGAUCUAGAGGGCAAUCAUUGUUCUAGUCUUGGCACUGAGUCUCCGGAGUCAGGGUUGUCAGAGAAACUGGUAUCCUCUCCUGAUGAGCGAAAAGUUUCUAAAGAGGGAAGACCAAAGGUAUCAGGAAAGAGCAGGUCAGAAGUCCCAAAGCCGUCAAAAAGAAGAGGUUGUAAAAAGAAGGAGAACAAAGAAAAGGAAGACAUUUUGCAUGAAGUGAAGCACAAAAGUGACCUUGCUAAGGGUUUAUGUGAAGUGAGACAGCACCCAGGAACAGAAAAUGGAACACCAUCUGGGCUUGGACAAAUUGGCUCUGAAAAGAAAAUUUUGGGUGGAGGCAUUUCGAGCUUGGACAUUCUGCCGACUGAGGUAGGCGAGCGUCUCUUGCCACCAAGAAAUGCUUGGGUGCAGUGUGAUGAUUGCCAUAAAUGGAGGCGUAUACCUUCCUUCCUUGCUGAUCAAAUAGAAGAAACAAACUGCAGAUGGACUUGUAUGGAUAAUCUGGAUAAAGCUUUUGCUGGUUGCUCAUUUCCCCAAGAGAAGUCAAAUUCAGAAAUUAAUGCUGAGCUGGAAAUAUCAGACGAGGAAGAUGUUUCUCGUGUGCACUUGAGUUCGAAUGGAUCAGGACAGAAAAAUCCACUUGUGGCCCAUCAAUCAUCUUGGUCUCGGAUCAAGUCAAACAUGUUUUUGCAUCGCAACCGCAAAAAUCAAACUGUUGAUGAGAUCAUGGUCUGCCAUUGCAAGCCACCUUCAGAUGGUCGAAUGGGUUGUGGAGAUGGAUGCCUGAACCGGAUGCUCAAUAUAGAGUGCGCUAAAGGGACUUGUCCUUGUGGAGAAUUCUGUUCAAAUCAACAGUUCCAGAAACGCAGCUAUGCUAAACUGAAGUGCUUUAAAUAUGGAAAGAAGGGUUAUGGUCUGCAGCUGCUUGAAGAUGUAUAUGAAGGGCAGUUUCUUAUUGAAUACGUCGGGGAGGUGCUGGAUAUGCAUGCUUACGAGGCACGGCAAAAGGAGUACGCAUUGAAGGGUCAUAAGCAUUUUUAUUUCAUGACACUUAAUGGCAGUGAGGUAAUUGAUGCAUGUGCUAAGGGGAAUUUGGGCCGUUUUAUCAACCAUAGUUGUGACCCUAAUUGUCGUACCGAAAAGUGGAUGGUGAAUGGCGAGGUCUGCAUUGGACUCUUUGCUUUAAGGGACAUUAAGCAGGGCGAAGAGGUGACAUUUGACUACAAUUAUGUCCGAGUCUUCGGGGCUGCAGUUAAAAAGUGUGUCUGUGGCUCACCUCAUUGUCGGGGCUAUAUAGGUGGUGACCCGCUAAAUGCAGAAGUGAUUGUUCAGGAUGAUUCGGAUGAUGAGUAUCCUGAGCCUGUCAUGCUGCAUGGGGAUGCUGACAUGAAUCAUAAACAAGACAACAGUAUUUGUGCUACAAGUGCUAUUAAUGUUGCUGAAAUUAAAAUUCAAGGGAAACCGCCUAAAAACAAAAAUACAGUGGAUGAAACUUUUGCUGGAAAUCAGGAUACUUCCCAUCAAAGACACAUGAACAGUGUCGUGGGUCUAGAAAAUGUUAAUUUGGGUAACCCCGUUGCUGUUGUUAGCUUGAAUGCUAGAGAGGAAAGCGUAAACUUCCCUGAUGGAUCUCCUGCAUCAUCUUUAAAUGCCGAAACAUCUGUGGCACUGGAAGCCUCAGAGUGUAUGUCUCAUUCUUCUGUUCAACCUGUAGAGACUUCUUUGUCAUUGAAGGAUACAUGUGAAACCAUGUCUGGAGUGACAAAAGAGUGCUCAGUAGCUGGCGAAGUAUCAAAGAACUCUUUCUCUACCACACAGGAAUUUGAGGUAACUUCUCUUGAUGCAGUGGUUAGCAAGUCUUUGAGAAAGUCAAAAUCCAGCAAUGGGCGAGAGACACAUGAUCCCUUAAAACCCUGUCCUUUUGUGAAAACUUCGCGUGAAUCACCUUUAGUGAAGAAGGUGAAACAGAGGAAUAAUGCUGUGAAUUCCAGACCCCUGCCUGAUGUGGACAUGUUGCAAGUUUCACAACCUAAAUUCAAGAAACCACCGGAUGGCUCCUUACAUGGCCAUUUUGAAGCAGUUGAAGAGAAACUGAAUGAGUUGCUGGAUCAUAAUGGUGGAAUAAGCAAACGCAAGGAUGCAUCAAGGUGCUACUUGAAGCUCCUCCUUUUAACUGCUGCUUCAGGGGAUGGCUGUAAUGGUGAAGCUAUCCAGAGUAAUCGGGAACUUUCUAUGAUCCUUGAUGCGAUCUUGAAAACAAAGUCACGCACAGUUUUGAUGGAUAUUAUGAACAAGAAUGGUCUACAGAUGUUACACAACAUAAUGAAGCGAUACAGGAGGGAGUUCAAUAAGAUCCCAAUUCUCAGAAAGUUGCUUAAGGUUUUGGAGUAUCUAGCUGUAAGAGACAUCCUUUCUCCUGAGCACAUUAAUGGAGACACGUCCAGAGCUGGAGUUGAGAGCUUUAGGGACUCAAUUUUGGGAUUGACAGAGCACAAAGACAAACAGGUUCAUCAAAUUGCAAGGAACUUUAGAGAUAAGUGGUUACGCAGACCUCUCAGGAACAGAAGCUGCAUUGACAGAGAUGACAGCCGAAUCAACAUGCAUUCUGGUUCACCUUACAAUAGGUGUCUAGCAUCACAAAAUCAAUGGUGCGAUUUGGGUGGUAAACCUUCGGAAGCAGCUCAGAAUACCUGCCAUCCAACAGUUUCAUCUGUUCAAGCAGAUGCUUGUGUGCCUGAUGGCUCCUCUGCUUCAUGUUCUGAUAUCGGGGCAGCCUCUAGGCCAAGGAAACGUAAGCAUAAAAGUCGGUGGGAUCAAGAGGCUGAAGAAAAGCCAGAUCCAAGAAAUGAGAGCAAUGUAGCUGAUGACAAAAGGCAGGUCCUAGAUGAUGACGCUCCCCCUGGUUAUGAAUUCCCUCCUGGAUUUUUGUUCCCGGUUGAGGCUUGUAUGGUUUUAUCUGAUUCGUGUUCAGCAGCUAUUUGUAGUCCCGAAGAACGUAGAUGCAGAGAACAUCCACUGCCAGUCGUUACGGGGAACUUGCAGCAGCGGUUCAUUUCACGAUUGCCUGUCUCUUAUGGAAUUCCAUUUUCUGAGGUGCAGCAAUUUGGGUCUCCUCAAAAAGGAAGAUUUGAUGCUUGGACUGUUGCCCCAGGAAUACCUUUCCAGCCUUUUCCUCCUUUGCCUCCAUAUCCCCGUGAUAGAAGAGAAUCUGUGCCUUCUGCUUCUAAUCCGGGUGCAAUCAGUGAACUACCUCAAAUCACUGGACAAGAUUGCCAUACUUCUUCUCCUGGUCACUUGGCUCAAAAUCCUCCAAGCGUAUCUGGAGCAGACCAGCCUCAGGAUGGCACUGGAUACCAACUUGGCUCUAAACGAGAUAGUGACUCUUGUAACUCGGGAAGGAGAUACUUUAGGAAGCAAAAGUACAAUAAUUCAAAAUUAGCACCUCCCUGGCUUCGGAUAAGAAGUGGCUGGGAAUACACAGGAAACAACUCAAGCAAUAACAUGUGCAUUGCAGGUGUAGCAAGCAGGGAAGAUGAGUUCAGAAGUAUUCAUAGUUGGAUGGAGCAUAACCUUGGAAUGCAAGAUAUGGGGCAUACUUUACGACAGCAUACUUCCCACAGGUAUUAGUUUUAUCUUAUAGAGGCAAAGUUCUCAGCAGCUUCCAAAUUUUCUCCGGUGCUUCUCCUUUUGUACUCGCAAUUCUCUGUCACCAACAGAAAAUGAAAAGCACCAUUUAGAUUUUUAAAUUUGAUUCUUUCAUAAUUUUUUUUAGGUUUAGGACCAAAGUUACUCUGAUUUAUUUGAUGUCAUACAUUGACAGUGACCUUAAUGCCUCAAAGAGGUAAACUGGCUCAUUCUUUUCGUUAUUAAUUGAUUUUUCUUAAAAAAAGUUGUCUGAUGGCCUCUAUGGAAAGGCGUACGUGUGAA